GCAAUGUAGCCGUAGAUGGCGGUAACCAUUUCUUUCUAAUCUGAAUUGUACUGUGUUUCCGGUCAAUCUCUGAAGAAACCACCAACUAUUUCACCGAUUCUAGGAGUCUAUCUAGACAGGAUCCGCCAUGCCGAAGAUGAAAUGCCAACCAUCUCAGAAGGACAUAGUCCGUGCUUACAAGGCAGCCAAGGAGGGCAAGAUGUCCAUACGAGAAGCUGCCCUGAAGUACAACAUUCCCAAGUCGACCCUCAUCGAUAAGGUCAAAGGUAAAAGUCCAUUGGAUUGCAGAAAAGGUCCGAAGCUAUCCUUUCCCCCGAAGAAGAAAAGAGUCUGAGAGACUGGGGAGUGAAGAUGGCUGGAAUCGGAUACACCUGCAUAAGGACACAGAUCAUGUACACUGUCAAGACUAUAAUGGACAAGGAUGAGAAAGAGGGGAGGGGGAGAAAGAAGCGUUUUGGUAACAACAAUCUCCCGGGUAAAGACUGGUGGGGGCGCUUUUGCGAGCGGCACUUGAAACUUAAAAAGCGACUGCACAGGUUGCAGAGAGAACCAAGAAACUGUACAAGUCUGAUGCAGCCCUGUGCAAGUGGCAGACCAGUCUGAAGAAGUUCCUGCAGAAACAAGGAAUCAGGGAUGGCUCCUGUAUCUUUACCUGUACAGCCAAUCGCUUUCUGGUGGAUGGACAUAGGGGUACGGUCAAAUACUGCAAUGCCAAGAGGACCAAGGAGGGGGCGAAGUAUCUUACCGUUCUGACAGCCGCUUCGGCUAAUGGGAAGUUUGUUCCGCCUAUGAUCAUCUAUCCCGGAGACCACGCUGACGUUGAUCUUCUGGAGGAUGAGGCAGUUGAAGGAACGUUCUUCACCAAGAGCCGGAACGGGGAUAUGAGUGUGGAACUCUUCUAUAGUUGGAUUGGGAAUCACUUUCUGGACUACGCACCAACUGGGAAACCCAUCCUGCUCCUUAUCUCGGGGAACUGGCCCUAUGUUGAUAUGUACGUCUCAAGACUUUGCAAAGACAAGCAAAUCAUCUUGUACUGCAUGCCACCGUAUACAAACCUCUUUCAGGAACCAUUGUUGUGGGGCUUCUCAAGGCAACUUCCCCUCGAAUGGAAAAGAGAGUCCAUGAACUUCGAAAUUCUGAAUCCCGGCAUGAAGGUGGACAGGUAUGCUUUCCCUGCCGUCUUCAGCAAUGUCUGGACUCAACAAGCCUCAGGAAGCAACAUCAUGGCAGCGUUUGACAGAAGCAGAAUCUGGCCAGCAGAUUCUAAGAACAGGCAAAGAACUCUUACGGUCCCAGAUCAUUCUAGUGUGCAGUGCUUUGAUGAAGAUGGCAAUGCGAUUGAAGUCGCCAUGUAUGAGGAAGUCACAAGCGAAUGUCCAGCUGAUGUUGUACAAAAAGAAGGAAAUGUAGGAGAUGUGACAUCUAGAGCUGCCACGGAUGGAAAGGUCAAGGAUGGAAAACCCACCUCCUCCAGCAGUUUGAGGAAGCCCAAUCCUUGACUGAGGAACAGAAAGACAUCUUUGAAGCUCGCUUUUUAAUGAUGUUUGAAGGGCAGCAUGAUCUUGUUUACAAUGCUUGGAAAGCCCUCAAGGAACUCCUGGUUAUGAAGCAGGACACAACUGAUGACGAUGAUGGAUCCGACAUCGAUGAUGAUGACAGCCUCCUACGUUGGCUUUGUGAUGAGUCUGAUGAUGAUGUCGAGGAUGAUGAUGAUGAAAAAGAGAACAUUGAAGGAGAGGAGGAUGAUGAGGAAUCUGCUGACGAUGAUGGAAGUAAACCUGAUAGUGACGAUGAGGAUGAAGAUAAGGGCAGUGAUGAAAGCGAAAGUGACUAUGAAGAACUUGAUGGCGAUGAUGAGAUACUUGACCUGUUUGGUUUACCGAGCGAAUUAUCUGAGGAGGUUAUCUCUUCGACUUAUAGAGGGUCUUCCUCGAGAACAGCCAUGUCUCCUUUGAAGAUCACCAGGUACGUCCAUCCAGGAGCAGUAAGCAAUAAGAGAAGAAGAACGAGCAGUGUUUCUCUGGUGGACAAAAAGAAGAAGAAGAAGAAGAAGGAGAAGAAAAGCGAAGAAAAGAGGUGAUGGCUUGUUUCAGUCUGUCCACGACAGGGGCAGAGCAAUGUCUACUGCCUAGAACUCUGUUGAAUUCUCUUGUGAAGGCUUUUAUAAUAAUCAGAAUUAUCAGCAUGUGUAUGUAGUAAGUCUCCAGUGAGCUCUCAUUGCCUUAUUUUUGUUUUAUAACAAACAAAAUCUAAGACAAGAGGAGGUAACCUUUAUAUACCCCAGCCUGUUAACAAUUGCUUCAAACCCAAAUACAAUGGUAAUCACUCAACCAGAAUUUGUCAAUUUUAUAAAUGCUCUACAUGUGUAAAGUAUUUGAAUCACAGUGCCACAUAUUUUCGAUUUGGUUUAGGUAAUAUCUUACUUUGAAAACGAGUUUUCUGUUGAAGAAGUUUGUUUUUGUUUUACGGUUUGAGGUGAAAUAUGCAGCAUUACUCUAGGUCUGUCUAGACCCAUAACUACAGUGUAUGUACCAAAUUGACUAGUCAUGGCAUUAGUCUAGGCAAUACUCAAGGAAACAAUUUUACAAUAGUGCGACAAGAUUUUUUUUAUUUAGAUGAAAUGAUGCUGUGUUGUUUCCAAUGGUUAUGUUUUCUGAGGUCUUAAUGGUAAUUUAGUACAUACAUUUAGGGGCUUUAUAAUGUUAUGCAAUUUUAAAUACUUCCUGGAAAUGUAGAUACAAGUUAAAAGAAGAAAUAUAAUUGCAUAAUAUAUUUAAACCAUGUUUCUUCAUCAGUACUACAUUUGUACCUGGUUCUCAUUGCGGAUAAGUAGUGGGGCCUUAUCUCAUUAUAUAGAAAACUGUUCCAAACAACUCUCAUCAUAACAAGUCAGAGACAUCACUUGUGAAAGGCAUCGUUUAACAAUGUUAAAUCUGAGAUACAUGGUCCUAUGUGUUAUAAGUGUGUGUGAUAUGGUGUAAUAUUGAAGCCCUAAACAAAUGCGCUUCAAAAUGAUCAUGAAGUGCCUCAAAUAAUUAAAAAUCUGUGAGUGACCGGUUUUACCAUACUCAUGUUCCCCAAUAGAAUGUAGUGUUAUAA